GAUUGUCAUUGUGGGGUUGAACAAUGCCGGCAAGACCACCAUUUUGUACAAUCUACAUCUUGGCCAGGUUGUUUUGACGCAGCCAACUAUUGGAAGCAACGUAGAAGAAGUCAAGCACGAAAACUUGACUUUUCAGGUUUGGGAUCUUGGUGGGCAGGAGAGUCUGCGAGCCAACUGGUCUACGUAUUUCGAGGAGGCUGACGCCAUCAUAUUUGUUGUUGACAGCAACGACCAGGAGAACAUGGUUCUGGCCAAGAUGGAGUUGUUCAAUGUCGUUCUGCACGAGGACCUGAAGCACGCUUGCCUUCUAGUUCUUGCCAACAAGCAGGAUAUCCAGGGCAGCCGCAAUGCUGGCCAGAUCGCACAAGACCUCUCGCUGCACAAGAUCCUUACCCACGAGUGGCAGAUUCAAAGUUGCUGUGCUUUGACGGGAGAAGGCCUUCGUGAGGCGCUGCUGUCAUCUCGUAAAUGCUGUCAGCUGUGCGUCCAGCAGGUGUUCCAGACGCAAUCUGGUCUGGCCGAAUACAUAUAG